GGUACCGGUGCAAAGUAGUCGUCCUCUCCUUCUGGCGGUAGUUCCGACAAUUCCUUCUUGUAGUUCUGUGAAAACGAUCCCGAGGAUGGCACCAGGUGUUCUGUGAACACACUUAGGCGCUUCUUGUCUACGAGUAACCGUGAACCUGAAGUGGACCCUUCAGCAUCGAAAGUGAUAGGCGUUUUAUAAAAAGGAUCGUGGUAACGAGAGCAUUCAGCCGUUUCGUUUGAACGUGACCAUGGUAAUAACACGGCAAGCCUAGAAUCGGAAAAAGGCGAUGCAUCAGAUUUUACUAUGGGCGUUGGUCGCCCUAAUUGGCCGAGUGGACUGCAAAUGCAGCAUAGCACCGAUUGCGGAUGACGAACGGUCGAUCGCCUACGCCUGUACACACGGCGACCUGAACGACCUCGACGAGAUCUCCAGCGAGGCGGAAUGGAUAGAGUUCUCGGUGUCGCGGUUCCUUCACAUACCAGACAACGCUUUCGGUCGGUUCAGGAACCUCCGAAGACUGUCCUUUUACAAUUGCCACGUGAACUUCAUCGCGCCCGACGCGUUCGCCGGUCUGAACCGUCUUGAGUGGAUGAUAUUUCAUGGUACCGGGAUCCAUGUGGCCAGGACCGCGUGGUUCCGUCCUCUGGACAACUUGAGGAAGCUGAUUCUGGACAGAUGUGGCUUGGUGCACAUUGAACCGGAUGUGUUCCGGGUGUUACCGCGGCUCGAGGUAUUGGGCCUGCGUGACAACGAUUUGGAUUGCUUACCAACCGAGGAACUCGCCUAUCUGCGAGCCCUGAGAAGCGUACGCAUCGACGGUAACCCCUGGCUCUGCGAGUGUCGACAGAGGCUGGACAGGUAUCUCCGAGAUAGAUCUAUCAACCAGGAAGUAGAAUGCUCCAGGGAGAUUCACCUGUGCAGACGAUACCAAUGCAUGACCCAUAUAGGCUUUCCUAUACUACCGUCUACCUUUACCACUCAACAGUUGACCAAUUACAACAGGGAACGUACAACGAUCCGGGGUAGCCAAUUCCAAACGAAUGUUUUCACCUCGUUAGACAGGCUUCCGGAUAAGACCACCUGGAUCGAAAUCUCCGGUCUGACGAUGGAGAAACUUCCGCGGUACGGGUUCUUCCGAUUCGGGAACAGCUUGAGAAGCUUGGAUCUGAACGAUUGUCGCAUCCAAACGAUCGAGACCGGUGCUUUCGCCGGCUUGCACAGGCUGCAACGCCUAUCUCUGGUCGGUAACCACUUCACUGCGGUGGGCGCUGACUGGUUCCGUGAUCUCCUUAACCUGCAACAAUUGAUACUUCAACGGAACGAUAUCGAGCAAAUCGAACGUACCUCUCUGUGGCAUCUGGGCGACAGUUUGAGGCAUCUCGAUCUUCGUGACAACCGACUGCGCUGCGUAACCAUCGAGGAAUUGGCCGAAUUGAAGAAAUUGGAACGAUUGGACGCGACCGGCAAUCCAUGGCUCUGCAACUGUCGUAGGAAUCUUCAAAGUUUCCUCACGCAAAAAAACGUUGGAUUUGAAAUUAAUGCUGGCCGAUGUUACGAGAACGAGAACGAGAUUCCAGAUGUCGUGGGUGGAUGGCGCCAGCAACAGUCCACCGUUGACACUUCGAUCACUACUGGGAGGGUUCAUUACACUUCCUUCGAAGACAGUAUCAAACAAUCGAACCUCACGAUUGUCAGGCCCCGACCUUCGUCACCGCCAGUGGAAAUUCACGUCGUUACACCAUCCCAAUCAGCACCGAUUUACACGGGUCGAUGCUACCCCGAAAAAAACGACGAACGAUCCAGAUCGAUCUAUACCUGUCGAGCCAUUACAUCGACGGAAGAUCUGUUGGUGAUACCCCAAACGGUGCACACGAUUCGCGUAAUACUCUCGAAAAUUAAGACAAUUCCCCACGACGCAUUUACUCGUUUCGACGGCUACCUGUCACGGCUCGAGUUCCGUGACUGCGGCGUCGAGAAGAUUGAACCUCGAGCAUUCUCAAAACUUUAUAACCUGGAAUAUUUGUCUUUGAGAAACAACCAGCUCGACGCCGUCGACGCAGAAAUGCUCGAAGGCCUUUCGAACCUGAGGCAUCUCGAUCUGUCCCACAACAAUAUUUACAGAAUUACGAACGACGCGUUCGACGAUAUACCGUACCUAACCAGCCUCGACGUAUCUGAAAAUUCCAUGAACUGCAUCGGCGUCGAAUAUAUGGCGAAACGAUUGCGAUAUCUGUCCACGUUGAACGUCGCCAACAAUCCUUGGAGCUGCUUGUGUGGGACCAAACUGGCGGAUUUCUUGAAUACUCGUGGAAUUCGUUACGACAAACAUUCGUUGCUCCUGAGGGAGGACUGUUACGCAACAGCGGUUCCCGCCAUAACCACCGUAGCUCCUGCAACGACACCAAACGCUCCAACCUGGAACGAGACUAUUGAAGGAACCUGUAUACCCAACGAUGAUAAUGUAGGAAUCCGUUACCGAUGUGUCGGUGGUAACUUGUUGCUGUUGCAGUCCUUACCGCCAGAGGUCGCCGCGAUCGAAUUCCACGAGGGCCACCUGCCGCGUUUACCGGCGGGAUGUUUUUCGAAAUUUCAAAACCUUCGGGAACUCGUGAUAACGAACUCCGGCCUGACCACCGUGGAACAAGGCGCGUUUGAUGGUUUAAAUAAACUGGAGAACUUGACGAUUCAGGACAAUCCUCUGGAAAUGAUCGGAUCGUCUUGGUUCCCGUUGGAAAAUCUUGAAAAGUUGGAUCUCCGUGGCAAUUCGAUCAAAUACAUCGCACCAGGAGCGUUCCGCCGUUUGAAUCGACUGACUUACUUGAAUCUGGAGGGAAACGACUUGAAGUGUAUAUUCACCAGUGAUCUGAACGAGAUGCCUGAUGUGUACGUGGUCGAAUUCUCCGGGAAUCCGUUGAAAUGGCGGUGCAGAGUCGAAUUGGAACAAUUUCUAGAGGCUCGAAAGAUACGAUUCGUUAGAAUAGAGAAUUCCUGCGAGGGUAAGAAGCUGGUGAGAAAUCUUCUGCUGCAGAACAAAACCGAUGGCUCGUUCGAUUGCCCAUCCGAUUGUUCAGCAGCUACGAAUACGUAUCACGGUUUCUUUAUACUCUUGUUCGUUUUACCAUUAUUCGCAACACGGUUCUAUUGAUCACGUGGCGUACAGUCGUUACUUAACUAUAGUACAAUAAAAUAUGUGUUCAGUAAACAAUGCAAAAAGGAACGUUUCGCACGGACAUUAACAUUUUUCAUAAUCGAAAGAUACUUACGUUUAACGAGUGUGAUGUAUAUGUAACGUGCAAUACGGGGCUUAAACUAACGCACACGUCGCAAAUAUAAUUGCCGAGUCUGCAGGGACCAGCGAGAGACUAAAAUUUCUUUCGAAAAGCGAUUAUUAAAUUUCUUAUUUAUUCUUUACAACGUGCCAUGUACAUAUAUGUGUAACCGAUUUAUUUCAUCGAGAAUAAUUGGUUACAUAAAUCAAUUUUUAAUUUCAAUGCGGUGAUGUUUAUUGAAUAACCUUCAAAAUUCAAUGUGUUCCGUUAUUUUAAUAACUAUCCUUCAGCUGUGUAAUAGAACAAGCAUUACUUUCGAGUUACUCGUGAAUAAUUGUGAUUAAUAAACUGAAUAAAUAAGAUGAAAUAUGUAAAUGUGGCUUUAUUUCUUUCCGACUUACGGAAUCGCAGUGAAUCGC